UCUUCAGAGUGCAUGACAGCAAAAACGGAGUUGCCAAAGAUUAAUAUUAAAAAGAGAGUGUCUUCCACAACAUGCAUUAGUGUUUUCACAACCAGGAACAGAUCAGCUUUACUCGAAGGGAAGCACAUCUGAUUCAGUUGCUUCAUUUAAAAAAAGAACCUGCUGUUGUGGACUGAUUAAAGUGCACGGAAACAAAUCAAAAGUCAAAAGACGCCUGAGGACGACACUAAAAAGGCAGCUGCUGCCAGAAAGGGGGUCUCUUAAGAAAAAAACAUACUCUAUUAACUGCACUGCUGCACUCAGAACACAGCAACUAUUAGUUAUUAAAGAAGGGGCAAAUCUCAUAUCCAGUUAAAUGGCAAAGAGAAUGUCUCACAAAGACAGUGGACAAGAAGGCCGAUCAGUCCUUGGGAUGUUAGCUGUACAGGUGGAGAGAGACCCCAAGACUGGUGCCACCGUUGUCAAAUCAGUGGCCCCCAUCUCCUCACCUACUGGUACUCAAACAUCCACGACCAUCUUUGAUGAUGGAAGAAAGAGCAUCCACACUGUUGGCAGUUCUGUAGGUGAACCUUCGAAUGAAGAGAUUGGUGAGAUAUUGAGUGCUAUUAAUAAUGUUGGGAUGACAGUGGUGCUGGAUGAAGUGGUAGUAACACCAAACAAGACAGAGAUGACCACUGGGAAUGGAGAAAGCAACAAAAAUCAAGGUGAUGAAGUCCUGAAUUUUAUCACCCGUAAUGGAACAUCAAAGGAGGACAAUACACAGGUAGACAGCUCUAUAAACAAACUGGAUGUUGAGAAGAUAAAGCAGUGUAUAAGUGUUAAAAUCCCAGAUCACGAAACCAAGAUGGUCACGAAAGAAACUUCAGAAAUACUGGAUAAAAUGGACAGUCAAAGUUUGGAGAAAGCUCCAGUCACACUUCUAUUCCUGGGAUACACUGAUGCAACACCUGAAGAUGUUCACAAUCAAGAGGAUUAUGAAGGCAUGCUCACUGCUGAGCGGGUCAUUAUUACUGAGGAUGGAGAAGAACAUGUAAUAGAGCCAGGAACUUCUGCUUCGCUUCAAUUGCCCUCAGCAAAGGAAAGCAAGCAAGAGGCCAAGAAAACAUCUCAAGACACAACCCUUCAAGAUGUUCCACUGGAUGAUAAUGAAGCAGAACCUGAAACCCAGAGAGAAGACAGUGUUGGGAAUGAGGGCAAGCCAAAGAAAUGUCAGUGUUGCUCUGUCAUGUAAAAUAUAACUAAUAAAAGAUACUAUCUCACAGUUUUCAAUAUUUAAGUUCAAAUGUCGCUGUAUUUAUAUACAAUAAUGUAUUUUUAGACACUGCUCUAUAUUUGCCUUAACCUCACUAUUUACCAACGUGAGAUGUAUCUCUGCUUCCCCCUCCUGGUGGACAAAGCAGAUGAUUCAUUCAUGCCUUAUAGCAGGCAUGAAUCAAGCAAAGAAUUUGUUUUUGUAUCAGUUAAAAUAAUGCAAUACCGUAUGAUUGGGUGUUGCUUUCUCUAUCAUAUUUAAUGUUUUUGCAUCAUUGUGUAAUCUGAUUUGUCAAGUUUGUUGUUCUAGUUGGGUACAAAAACUGUGACAUUUCUAGCAUCAUACAUACUACAGGGCAGCAGUUACCACCGAGAAUGUAGUGUUAUGUAUUUAUGGUACUUUAGUGUAACAAAAAGAAGCCAAAAACAAUGUACAUUUUUCAUGCUUGUCUAGACAGAGUGAUGGCUGCAAAGUCAGGGAUGAGAAGGAAGUUGGAAUGUAUGAAAUUGACUUUAUUGAAUCUGUCUGCAUGAUUGGAUUGUAAUGACUUUUAUGAAUUGAAACUUUUUAACAGUUUUAUUUGCUAUGUGUCCUAAAUUUGUUGUGUAACAAGAACACCUUGUACCAAACUCUGUCUACGCAGAUUACAUAAUCAUGGUGUAAAGUUGCAUUUUUAUUAGGCCUUAGUGCUGGUAUCAAGGAGUUUUAAGGCCUUUUAAACCUACCCAUACAGUGACAAGCUUGUUUAGGCUCAUGCUAAUCUUUUGUUUGAUAAACACAACGAACCAUCUGCUGAUGUGAGCUUAAUUUUACAAAUAAAGACAAAAAUUAUGAAUUAUUAGAGAUCAUGAAAUAUAAUUCACAAUACUCGUUAUUUCUUACACCUGUAAACUAUUUUUAGUAAUAUAUUGUUAUGGUGGAAUACUCAUGCCCCAUGAGAUGUUUGAAGCUUGGGAUAUUGUUUCAUAAGCUAACCUUGCUUUAAUCAACAGCUUUAUCACUGACCUGUCGGCUGUGCUCCUUGAUCUUCAUGAGGCUGUUUGUAAUGUAAUGUUCUGUAACAAGCCUCUGAUGCUUUCACAGAACAGAUGGAAUACUGCGGAAAUGAAAAUAAACGCAGGCAGUAUUUACUUACUAGGAUGCUUGGGAAUGGUCUUAAAUAACUCUGCAGCAGCUCCUUAAUUUUAUUGUACAUGCUCCUUUUUUAAAGCUAUUUCUUUUAUUGUAAAUGUGUGUUUUGUAGGCUACAGUGCGGCAGGCUUGGUUUUAAUUGUUGUUGGCACUUUAUGCUUAUAUUCAUAAUGACUGUAUGUAAACGAAUUGCUCUUUAAGGAAUUAAUAAAGUUGUUCUGAUCUGA